AUGGUAUGCGAGACUCAGCAGCUACAACUAAACAAUUCACAUGUGAGACCAAAAAAGGAAAUCAAUAAACUAUCUAAAAAAAGUAAUCCAAAACCAAAGCGACCUUGUUUUAUAUGUGGUGUGCAUCAAUCAGCACUUUUAAGACAUUUUCUAACACAUAAAAGUGAUCCUAGAAUAUGUGAAGCUUUUAAAUUGUCUAAAAUAGAGCGUCGUAAAGCAUUUGAUUCUUUUAAAAAACAAGGGAUUCAUCAGUUUAACUUAAAUGAAGUCCAAAACAGUUUCUUUGCAAAGAGUUAUAAAACCAGACAUCACAUAAAAUCUGGUGAAGAUUCUUGUCAAGCCUUAAUACCAUCUAUUGCAAUUAGGGAAAUAGAUAAAUAUAAUUCUUUAGACAAUGAUUUCAAGUUAAAUAUUUUAAAUGUCAUAAAUAACGAUGAAAUUGGCACGCUAGCUAAAAGUGAUAGCAUUAUUUUGAUGAUAGGAUCUCGCUUGUAUGGUAAAUUUAAAAGAAGGUUUGAUAAAAAGUUGGAGGUUGAGAAAUCCGUUAGGUGCUCAAUGCGCCGGCUUGCCAACAUUUAUAAUAGAUUUACAAUUGAAAAAACAGAAUAUCCUGCCAAAAUGUUAGCAAUUGAGCAAGGUAAUUCUGGUGAUAUGUUUUUGAGAGGAAAUAUUGACUAUUUAAAAAAAGCAAUUGAAAAUUAUACCGAUAAAGGUGAAGCUAAGAUAAAAUCUGACGCUGUUUAUGAUUUAAAUAAACGUAGAAAUGAAAAGCAUAAAAAACCUGCACAGCUUCCAAUGGAAGAAGAUAUUCAAACUAUAAGAAAUCAUAUUGUUACUACUAUGGAAAAACUGACUAGCGAAUAUGAAAUAAUUGAUGGACAUUCCUUUAUUCAAUUAAGAGACUGUGCUUGUGCUCGAUUAACUAUUUUUAAUGGCAGGCGUGGUGGUGAACCUGCAAGACUAACAAUUAAAGAAUGGGAAAAUGCUUUGAAUAAUGUAUGGCUAGACAAACAAAGAAUAAAAAAUACAUUAUCUGAAAAUGAAUCAAAAGUUACUGGUACAAAUAAUCGCCAUCGACUCUCUACACUAGUGGCUGGUUUAGGAGUUUCAGAUGCCCAAAUGAGUUUGGCAUAUGAUCACUUUGGGCACAGUGAAACAAUUAACAAGACAAUAUAUCAAGCUCCGGCAGCUCAUCGACAGCUUCUCUCAACAGGAAAACAUCUUGAAGCUAAAUUAUUCAACCCAAAGCAAAAGUUAUUUUAA